GCGAGUCAGUGGGAACAUUUACUUGAAUUGUGAGGUUCUUCGGAGUUCGGGAAAAUUGGAAACGUGAUGAUGACUGCACUGAAAAUAUUUUCUCUUCUUCUACUUUUUGGAAUAACAAAAUCUCAAGAUUUUUCGUACCGGAAUCCUGCGACAUGGGGACGGCAGUAUCCAAUGUGCAAUGGUAAUAAUCAAUCGCCUGUUGAUAUUCCAUGGAGGUACGGGGAGUCUGUGAUUGUGCGGCCCGGAGAGCUCAGAUGGAAUAACUAUAGGAAUGUUCCGAAUUCUAUGAGAAUAACAAACACUGGACAUACAAUUGAAAUACGUCCUACGUGGACAAAUAAUGCCUAUAGACCAUACUUGAGUGGAGGACCUUUGCGCGGGCAAUAUGUCAUCGAACAAUUUCAUUUUCACUGGGGUCAGAGUAACAACGUCGGAAGUGAGCAUACAUUCAGAGGCAGACGAGCUGCAAUGGAGCUCCAUAUAGUUCAUUGGAAACGCGAAUAUGGGUCGUUUGCAGCAGCUUCGAGGCGAGCAGAUGGACUUGCUGUGAUUGCAGCUCUUUAUCAGCCUCGUACCGGUAGAUCAUCAUACGGAGUACAGCAAAUUUGGAGACAGCUUCAAAAUCUCCGACAGGAGAAUGCCGCAGUGCAAGUGAGACCAUUCCCCCUAUCCUAUUUAGGAGUUGCGAUUUCCAGGAAUAGGUACGCAAGCUAUUUCGGAUCGUUAACUACUCCUGGAUGUAAUGAGGCAGUCACGUGGUUUGUGGCACUGGAUGCGUUCUCCAUAACUAACAAUGAGCUGCAGAACAUCCGACAAGUCAGGCUACGUCACGGCAGUCGCCAAAAUUACCGACCUCUGCAACGACUGAAUAAUAGACGAUUCACCUAUUACCGUUCAAACUGAAGUUUCAGUGGCUGCUGAAAAAUUGUAAUGCGGAUGGAUUUCCCAAGGAAGGGUUCAUCUCAAAAUUGGGCAGAAAAUUCAUGCCUUCCAUUUGUAAUAUGCUCCCAAUAUCAAAUGACUCGCAUUUUUUAAUUGGAAAAUUCGUCAUGCGGGAA